UCGCUCGGGCACCGCUGGUUGUCAGGCCGGUACGCGAUUCUCACCCCUCUGGUAUAGGAACCGCGUCCUCAUGGCUGAGGUGAAGGUGAAGCUGCAGCCGCCCGACGCGGAUCCAGUAGAAAUAGAAAACAGGAUUAUAGAAUUAUGCCACCAGUUCCCUCACGGAAUCACAGACCAAGUUAUUCAAAAUGAAAUGCCUCAUAUAGAAGCUCAGCAGCGGGCAGUGGCAAUCAAUAGACUGUUGUCUAUGGGUCAGUUGGAUCUCUUAAGGAGCAAUACAGGCCUUCUGUAUAGAAUAAAGGAUUCUCAGAAUGCUGGUAAAAUGAAGGGAUCAGAUAACCAAGAAAAACUAGUAUAUCAGAUCAUAGAGGAUGCAGGAAAUAAAGGAAUAUGGAGCAGAGACAUCCGGUAUAAAAGUAAUUUGCCAUUAACAGAAAUUAACAAAAUUUUAAAGAAUUUGGAAAGUAAAAAGCUUAUCAAAGCUGUUAAGUCUGUAGCAGCCUCAAAAAAAAAGGUGUAUAUGCUCUAUAACCUGCAGCCUGACCGGUCUGUGACAGGUGGAGCCUGGUACAGUGACCAGGAUUUUGAAUCUGAAUUUGUAGAGGUGCUUAACCAACAGUGUUUUAAGUUCCUACAAACCAAGGCAGAAACAGCCCGAGAAAGCAAACAGAAUCCAAUGAUACAAAGAAAUAGUUCAUUUGCUUCAUCACACGAAGUGUGGAAAUAUAUCUGUGAAUUGGGGAUCAGUAAGGUAGAGUUGUCCAUGGAGGACAUUGAAACUAUCUUGAAUACACUCAUAUAUGAUGGGAAAGUGGAGAUGACUAUCAUCGCUGCAAAGGAAGGCACAGUUGGCAGUGUAGACGGACACAUGAAACUGUACAGAGCAGUCAAUCCAAUCAUCCCACCUACGGGCUUGGUCCGGGCCCCCUGUGGACUCUGCCCGGUUUUUGACGACUGCCAUGAAGGUGGUGAGAUUUCACCAUCUAACUGUAUUUACAUGACAGAAUGGCUUGAAUUUUAAUAGAGAGCUAGGAACUUUAUGACAUCUUUCAAAUGAAGUUACUUUGGGAGCAAAUAAUUUAACUCAUGAUGGAACAUCAAAUUCCCUUGAAAGCAAACUUCACAAUAAUGGAUACAGACUUACUGCUAUGAAAAUAUAUUUUUUAAAUCUAUGAAGACUAAGUUUAUAUUGGUAGAGUAGCCACCAGAAUAUAAAGCAGGUAAGUGAAAUCCAUUCCUUAGUAAAUAAAAUACUUUGAAGUUCUGGAGGACAACAUCUGAAGCUUUCAAGAUUUGACUGUCCAAGAAAAAAGAAGCCAACAAAUGCAUAUUUACCAAUGGAUAAUGGCUGUAGCCUAAAAAUGCUUGUUUUAAAGCUAUUUAUUAAGGUCUUCAUUGGAAAUUGUUUAUAUCUGGUUCAGUAUCACUAUUUCUGUUUUCUCAAUGGUUCCACUGAGAAGAAAUUAAAACAGAGGAAAGGCAGGAAUAGCAGAGCAGUCUGUACAAAUUGGGGUGUGAAUGGAGAGGAUAGUUGGAACAUCCUUUUCCACAUUCUGUCCUUUUUAUGUCAAAUAUUCUUGCCCUAGCCGGUUUGGCUCAGUGGAUAGAGCGUUGGCCUGCGGACUGAAAGGUCCCAGGUUUGAUUCCGGUCAAGGGCACAUGCCUGGGUUUCAGGCUCAAUCCCCAAUAGGGGCAUGCAAGAGGCAGCUGAUCAAUGAUUCUCUCUCACCAUUGAUGUUUCUAUCUCUUCCUCCCUGAAAUCAAUAAAAAUAUUUUUUAAAAAAUAUAUUUUGAGGUAAAUGCAUUUACCUCAAACCUAAAUGAUAACUAUUGUCAAGGAUGUUUUCAGUCCAUAAAUAUUAUUAUUCGCAUCCAAAAGGGUUUUUUCCCUCUAGACCUUCUUUGUUAAAAUCUUACAAGUUCACUCUGUGGCUCACUUGUAUUAUUUAAUAGAAUUUUUCCUAUAUUCUUAUUAUUUAAGUAAUAUUAAAACUAAAAAGAAUCCAUUGCCCUCUAUUCACACUUUAUUUUGGGAAGGGGUACCAUUCUUCUGUUCUUGUCCUAUUUUAGACUUAUUUCUUUUCUGUUCUAAAACUCAUGGUGUAAUAUGUCUAAACUGAGCAGAAAGCCAUUGUCGUUGUCCUUAGUUCUAAUACCACUUUCAGUUCCAUUCUUUAGACAUAUAGAAAAUACUAGCUUGUUUGAUGUAGUGCUGCACAGAUGUUAGCUGGAGGGCUUUUUAGGAUCUCAGAUAUUGUAUUUUCCCUUUUAACUCCAUUUAAAAGUUUCUGUGUUGCCCUGGGCAGUGUAACUCAGUUGGUUGAACAUCAUCACCCCAUACACAGAGAGGUCACCAGUUCAAUUUCCAGUAAGGGCACACGCCCACGUUGCAGGUUUGAUCCCUAGGGGUGCG